AUGCCUCCAUUCCGAACUGGUUUGUUAAAACGAAAGAUAGAAUUUGACGGGGGUAUUAAACCAUGCGGUAAUAGAACAACACAAGAAGAAAAUGAAAAUAGUGAUAAAGACGAAGACUUAUUAAAAGGUGAAUUAGACAAUGAAGAGGAUGGAACUGAUUCUGAACACGAGUCAGACGAGAAAUCAGAUACAGAACAAGAUAAACUUUUGUUUGAUAAUGAUGUUGACUCCCUUCUGGGUGAUAAUAGCUCGGACCACUCUGCUGAUGAAUCCUCAGAAUUGACAGAUAGUGAAAAUGAUUCUGACGAAGAGAGCGAAGACAGUGGAUCGGAGUCCGUAGGGCCAACACUAGGAUCCAGUGACGAUACACAAGAUAAAAAGAAAGGUGUUGAUAAAAAGAAGGAACUAAGGAAAAGAAGUAUGACAAACCAAAUAAAAAGUAAAGUCUCAGACUCCAUACAAAAACUAUCAAACGAAAUACAUUCUAAUGUGACUUCACAACCGGUGCAGCAGAAAGACGAGUACGAAUCCGGCGACUCGAGCGACGAGGAAGAGCGCGUGAACACGGCGGGCGACGUGCCCUCUUGGUGGUACGACGAGUUCCCGCAUCUGGGCUACGACCUCGACGCUCGCCGCAUAGCGAGGCCGCAGCGCCGCGACCUCAUCGACGACUUCCUCAGAAAAUGUGAAGACCCCGAGUUUUGGCGAACGGUCAAAGAUCCUUCCACAGGUCAGGACGUCAUCUUGUCCAAAGACGACUUGAAGCUCAUAGAGAGAAUCCGAAACGGUAACGUCCCUUCGGAGACCCACGACGAAUACGAGCCUUGGACCGAGUGGUUCACCCGCGAAGUGUUGGCGACUCCGCUGCGCGCCUUCCCCGAGCACAAGCGCUCGUUCCUGCCCUCGCGCUCCGAGCAGAUGCAGGUGGCGCGCCUAGUGCACGCGCUGAAGAUGGGCUGGAGCCACACCCGCCGAGAGAUCGCCGCCCGGCGCCGCGCCGCCCGCGCCCGCGCUUUCUACGACCUUUGGGGCUCCGACGACGCCGUCUCGCGCCGAGCGGCGCCCCGCCACCUGCCCGCCCCGCGGCGUCCGCCGCCCGCCCACGCCGAGAGCUACAACCCUCCGCCCGAGUACCUGCUCGACCGCAAAGAGACGAAGGAGUGGGAGAAGCUGCGGGAGACGCCGUGGAAGCGCAAGUACACCUUCCUGCCGACGCGACACGCGUCCCUCCGCGAGGUGCCAGCCUACGAGCGGUUCACGCGCGAGCGCUUCCUGCGCUGCCUCGACCUGUACCUGGCGCCGCGAGCGCUCAAGAUGCGCCUCACCAUCCGCGCCGACGACCUCGUGCCGAAGCUGCCUUCGCCGCGAGACCUGCAGCCCUUCCCCACCGCCGAGGUGCUGCGCCUCUCGGGCCACGAGGGCCUCGUGCGCAGCGUGGACUUCGACCCGGCCGGCCAGUACGCGCUCACCGCCGGCGAGGACGGCACCGUGCGCGUCUGGGAGGUCGCCUCGGGCCGCUGCCUGCGCACGCUGGCGCUGGGCGAGCCGGCGGCGGCGGCGCGCUGGACUCCCGUGGCCGGCCUCAGCCUCGUGGCGGCGGCGGCGGGCGCGCGGCUGCUUCUGCUCAACCCGGGGGCGGACGUGGGCGCGCACCGCGUGGCCGAGCGCACCGACCGCCUGCUGCGCGACGCGCCGCCCGCGCACGACGUGCAGAUGGACGAGCGCACGCGCGCCGCCGUCAAAUGGGAGGAGGUCGACGAGGCGAGCUGGGCGCGCGGCGUGCGGCUCUCCGUGCGGCACCUGGGGCCGCUGGCGCACGUGGCGUGGCACGCGCGCGGCGACUACCUGGCGGCGACGGUGCGCGACGGCGGAGCGCGCGCCGUGCUCGUGCACCAGGUUUCGCGGCGGAGAUCGCAGCUGCCCUUCCGCACGGCCAAAGGGCUGGUGCAGUGCGCGGUGUUCCACCCGCGCGAUCCGCGGCUGCUCGUGGCGACGCAGCGCGCCGUGCGAGUGUACGACCUGGUGAAGCAGCAGCUGGUGCGCAAGCUGCUCACGGGCGCCCAGUGGGUGAGCUCGGUGGCGGUGCACCCGGGCGGCGACAACGUGCUCGUGGGGUCGUACGACCGCAAGCUGGUCUGGUUCGACCUGGAGCUGUCGGGCGAGCCCUACCAGACGCUGCGCCUGCACGGAGGGGCCGUGAGGGCCGUGGCUUUCCACCCGCGGUACCCGCUGUUCGCGUCGGCCGGCGACGACGAGCGCAUCGUGGUGUCGCACGGUAUGGUGUACCAGGAACUGACGCAGAACCCGCUGCUGGUUCCGCUGAAGCAGCUGCGGGGUCCGGAGCGCCGCGAAGACCUGUGCGUGCUGGACCUGCGCUUCCACCCUACGCAGCCCUGGCUGGCCGCCGCCGGCGCCGACGGCACCGUCCGCCUGUACUCGUAG